CGAUCGUUCACCAUAUGCUAGGCAACACGUAUACUUACCGCCUUGCGGACUGGAUCACCGACCUCGUUCUCAUUCAGGAGGCUGGCUUUGACGCGGUCGCGCUGAACACUGGCCCCGACUGCUGGCAAAAGGCGUCCGCGGACCUUGCAUACCAAGCCGCAGCGAUCCUGAACACCCCGCUCAAGCUAUAUUGGUCGUUCGACAUGAACACCUUCCCUCAGGCCGGCGACGAGGACGCCGUGAAGAUUGCCGCGUAUAUCAACGAGUACGCGACCAAUCCGUACACCUUCAAGGUCAAUGGCGUGCCGUUCGUCUCAACCUUUUCCGGCGAUCAGUACUCUUCCUCCUUUGGGAAGUCUGUGUGCGGCGGCUGGGACUACGUUCGCUCACUCGUACCCACCGACAUGUACUUCGUCCCCGCCUUCUUCUUCGCCAACAACCAGACCAUCGCCGGCGUGAAGGACUGCGUCCAGGGCCUCUUCCAAUGGAACUCCGCGUGGUCGAUGGACGACGGCGAGGUCUCAAAGUCCACUGACCACAACUGGGCGACGCAGCUCGGCGCAAACAAGACGUAUAUGGCCGGCAUCUCUCCGACCUUCUUCUCGCACUAUCCAGAGGAGGGACUCAACAAGAACUGGGUUUACCGCGCAAAUAACAACUACGCGAAGCGCUGGCAACAAGCGACGGAGAUCAAUGCGCCGAUGGUGCAGGUCAUUUCUUGGAACGACUUCGGCGAGUCGCACUACAUCGGUCCGCGCCCCUCAUCCGUCCAGCUCCAGCCGACGAACACUACAUGGGUUAAUGCGAACAACCACCUCCCCUGGGCGCGCAUCACCAAACCGUACAUCGAAACCUACAAGACCGGCAAGCCCGCCGCCCUCGGCUCUGACCUCAUUGUCUGGGAGUACCGCACGCAUCCGGCGAACGCGACAGCGAGGGCCGAUCCUAUGGGCCUUCCUGAGCGUGCCGAACUGCUCAAGGACGAGAUCUACAUCACUGCAUACUUGUCUGCGCCUGCUGAAGUGCGCGUGCAGGUUGGGACGUUGGAGGGCAAGUUCCAGGCUGAGGCCGGCCUGAACCACUUCACCCAGCCGUUCGAGCCCGGCUUCGUCACUGUCGGCAUGUGGCGCGAUGGCGAGAACGUCGGCGGUACGCUCACGGGCGAGCGGGAGAUCGUUGCCGAGCCGACGCUGUAUGACUUCAACCCCGUCGUCGAGCAAUUCUUCCACGAUCCGGCUUGGGAGGCGUGCAAGGCGUAGAGGACUCCAGUUGCACUUGCGCAUACACGACAGAGUGAAAGUGUGGAACGCUGUACAAGUGCAUAGUCCGAGCAUACUGAACCAUAAUGGAUAUCUGCGCUUUCAAGUU